AUGAAUCUGGCAAAUUAUUCUUACUUCUCUGGCAUGUGCAACAUGACCGCAGAGACGCAGCACUCGCCUGCCGAGGCCAGUCCUGUCGUCAUGUCUCCAAAUGUCAGCUUGGACUCGCCGCUGCCUCCGCCGCCUCUGAUGCUGCAGGCCCGGUCAAAGGACAAUAUUUUGAUCAAGUCUGAGCCCAGGGGAAACAGCCCAAACACUGAGGACGGAGCCGCUCUGGGCCAGACUGAAGAGCACCUGCCCACCGGGAGCCGCCGGAGGAAGAGGCCCGUCCAGAGGGGGAAACCUCCCUACAGCUACAUCGCUCUCAUUGCCAUGGCCAUUGCCAACUCCCCCGAGAGGAAGCUUACCCUUGGGGGAAUUUAUAAGUUCAUCAUGGAGCGCUUUCCUUUCUACAGGGAGAACUCAAAGAAGUGGCAAAACUCCAUCCGCCACAACCUCACCCUCAACGACUGUUUUGUCAAGAUCCCCCGGGAGCCCGGCAGACCAGGUAAAGGCAACUACUGGACUUUAGACCCCGCAGCUGAGGACAUGUUUGACAACGGGAGCUUUUUGAGGAGAAGGAAACGCUUCAAGCGUACAGAUGUGAGCACCUACCCCGGGUAUAUGCAGAGCUCCAGUGCGUUCACCCCAACCCCGAUGGGGAGGCCCUCAUACCCUAACACCUUGUACGCCGGAAUAGGGUCUGGUUAUGGCUCACAGCUGGCAGCCACAUCCCCGCAUCCGGCCAUGCUGCAUCACUACCAGACGUCUGCCGGGGUCGGCCAAGGACAGCCGCGCAUGUUCAGCAUUGACAACAUCAUCAGCCAGCAGACAGCGGUGCAGAGCGGCCCCGGGGGAGAGCUCAACACCCAGGCACUGGGGCUGGGCGCAGGUGACCUGGGCACCAUGACCUCCAGCUGCUCGGUCACUGGUACCGACCCGUCUGCGUGCUUCCAGACCCAGACUGUCAACCCCUCAGCGAACAUGCUGAGCAGAAACAGCGGGAACAUCCCCUCCAACUUGGCCGCCGGGUACCCAUACUCAUCCUCGGCCUCUCCUCCAAAUCUGCCCACCAUGACCCAGUCCGGUUUCUCCCCCGGGAGCUCUCAAGUGUACUGCUCCGGGAACCGGCUGUCCCUGCCCGCCCUGCGUCCGGGCUCCUGCGCCGAGCACACGGAGCAGCUACUGGGCCUCUCCAGCCCCAUGAACUCCUACAACAACUCCUACAUGAGACAAGCCAAUUUUGCGUCAGGAUUAGAGCGCUAUAUGUGA